UAUCUGAUUGGGCUUGGGACUUCCUAAUUCGCUCAUAUCCUGCAUCCCUACAUCCCGCCUUCAGUUGGUACAGUUGGUACCGUUGGAACCGGCUGGGAUCUUGGGUGCCGCGCUGUAGUCAUCAUACCUACAUACCCUACAUCAUAUCCCCGAACCUCACAUAUAUAAAAGGCCGCAUCCAGCUUCGUAGCUUCGAGAUGCCUGCUCCUCCGCGUACGUGUUGUUAUUCCUCUUCUACUCGCUGCUUAUCUCCUCCCCCGCCAAGAAAAGGGGUUAGUAAAUCCCAGAUCUGGAUCCACAGGGGUGGACGCCGGCAUCUCAUACACCCAAAAAUACGCUUAAAUUUAUUUUUGAGAUCCCCGAGAUUCGAGAUUGGCGAGGUAACUUUGGGGGGAACGCUCGCUUACCAUGGCCGCAGAAGAUGCUUUUACCUACGCGCUGAGUUCUAACCAAGCCUGGGCUGGCUACAAAGGUCAUCAGAACCCCGACUUCUUCCCUAAAUUGGCAUCGGGACAAUCGCCAGCAAUCCUUUGGUUAGGUUGCUCUGACUCGCGCUGCCCGGAGACGACGAUUCUAGGCUUGCAGCCAGGCGAUGUAUUCGUGCAUCGUAACAUCGCCAACAUCAUUUCGCCGACCGACAUCAACACGGCAGCUGUCAUCGAGUAUGCAGUUGUGCACCUCAAGGUGAAGCACGUGGUGCUUUGCGGACACUCGUCGUGUGGCGGGGCCGCAGCUGCGCUUGGCGACAACCGUGUCGGCGGCGUGCUGGAUAUUUGGUUAAUGCCUCUCAAGGCUGUGCGCAACGCGCAUAAGGAGGAGCUGGAGAGCAUCACAGACGACAAGAAGCGUGCAGUGCGCAUCGCGGAGCUCAACGUCGAGGCCGGCAUCAACGUGCUCAUGGCCAAUGCAUCGAUUCAGGACGCCAUCGCCGAAAGGGGCUUGCAGGUCCACGGCACCUUUUUUGACAUCGGCACGGGCCGCAUCCGCGACCUAGGCAUCGGUACGGGCAAGGGCAAGGGGGGACAUCACGGGCUAUCAGGCGUUAAUGGAGACUCGGACAUCGUUAGGGGCAAGCAUGCAAUGCUAGUUUUUAGGACGGACGGCGAGAGCAGCAUGCAAGCUCUCUGAACGGAACGAAACGGAACGGACGGAAGCAAGCGGUUAGGUCAAGCGGUCAGGUACAAGUUAGGGGCGUUUAUACACUGGGAUGUGUGUAUGUG